AUGUUCAUUUUGUUGUGUGCUUUCUCAUUUGCAACAACGGUUGAAUAUGAUACAAAUGCCAUUAUCAUCAAUGGAGAACGACGAAUAAUAAUAUCUGGUGCAAUCCACUACCCACGCAGCACUUCCCAAAUGUGGCCAGAUCUUAUUAAGAAAGCAAAAGAUGGUGGUCUUGAUGCCAUCGAAACAUAUAUAUUUUGGGACCUUCACGAACCUAUUCGCCGCCAAUAUGAUUUUUCUGAAAAUCUAGACUUCAUCAAGUUUCUAAAAAAUGUUCAUGAAGAAGGUCUUUAUGUUGUGCUUCGAAUUGGUCCUUAUGUUUGUGCUGAAUGGAACUAUGGAGGUUUCCCAAUGUGGUUACACAACUUGCCAGGGAUUCAACUAAGGACUGACAAUGUAGUUUUUAAGGAGGAAAUGAAAAUAUUCACAACAAAGAUUGUGACCUUGUGCAAAGAAGCUGGAUUGUUUGCACCACAAGGGGGGCCAAUUAUUUUAGCUCAAAUUGAGAAUGAAUAUGGAGAUGUCAUAACUAAUUAUGGAGAAGAUGGGAAUGCAUACAUUAAAUGGUGUGCCCAGAUGGCUUUAGCUCAAAAUGUCGGCGUCCCAUGGAUCAUGUGCAAGCAAAACAAUGCUCCAUCACCUAUUAUCAACACAUGCAAUGGUUAUUAUUGUGAUAAUUUCAAGCCAAACAAUCCUAAAAGCCCCAAAAUGUUUACAGAGAAUUGGGUUGGCUGGUUCCAAAAAUGGGGUGAAAGGAAGCCACACAGAACUGCUGAAGAUGUAGCAUUUUCAGUUGCACGUUUUUUUCAAAACGGUGGUGUCCUCCAAAACUACUACAUGUACCAUGGAGGAACAAAUUUUGGAAGAACUGCGGGUGGUCCAUAUAUUAUUACAGCAUAUGACUAUGAUGCACCACUUGAUGAAUAUGGUAACUUGAACCAACCAAAAUGGGGACAUCUUAAAAAACUCCAUGCCGCCAUAAAGUUAGGAGAGAAGGUUCUCACUAAUGGAACGGUUACAGAGAAGCAAUAUGGAGAUUCAGUAUAUUUGACUACAUAUGCAAAUAAUGCCACUGGAGAAAAAAUUUGUUUUUUGAGUAAUUCACAUAAUUCUAAGGAUGUUGAAGUUGAUCUACAACAAGAUGGAAAGUACCAUGUGCCUUCUUGGUCAGUGUCUAUUCUCCAAGAUUGCAACAAGGAAGUUUUCAACACUGCAAAGGUUGAUGCACAAACAAAUGUUUAUGUGAAGAAACUAUCUAAAGAAUUAGGAAACUCACUCAUCUGGACAUGGGCAUCUGACCCUGUGGAAGACACCUUACAAGCAAUAGGUACAUUUAACGCGUCUCAACUUUUAGAGCAAAAGAGUGUUACCGUUGAUGCUAGUGAUUAUUUGUGGUACAUGACCAAGGUUUUCAUCAAUGAAACAUCCACUUGGAGUAAUGCAACUUUGCAAGUGAACACAUCAGGCCAUGUUCUUCAUGCCUAUGUUAAUGGACAAUAUAUUGGCCCACAGUGGGGAACAUAUGAUAACCUUCGUUUUACAUAUGAAAAAAUCGUUUCAUUAAAACAAGGUACCAACAUUAUAAGUUUACUAAGUGGUACAGUUGGUCAUGCGCAUUAUGGUGCAUCUUUUGAUAUGAAAGAAACUGGUAUUGUUGGGGGUCCUGUGAAACUCAUUGCAACCAGUUCAGGUAAUACUAUGGAUUUAUCAAAAUCUAGUUGGUCAUACAAGGUUGGAUUAAACGGUGAGGCUAGAAGGUUCUAUGAUUCUAAAAUUAAAAAUGGAGUUCAAUGGAACAUAAACAAUGUUGUUAUAGGAAAACCAUUGACUUGGUACAAGACUACUUUUAAGACCCCUGAAGGUAAAGACUCUGUAGUCUUGGAUUUCAUAGGCCUUACAAAAGGACAUGCAUGGGUUAAUGGUCAAAGUAUUGGAAGGUAUUGGCCUACAAUGGUAGCUGAAAAAAAUGGAUGUGAUAUUAAAUGUGAUUAUAGAGGAAAUUAUGGAGCUGAUAAAUGUUUGAGUGGCUGUGGAGAACCAUCUCAGAGGUUUUACCAUGUGCCAAGGUCAUUCUUAAAUAAUGACACAAAAAGUAACACGUUGGUUUUGUUUGAGGAAAUGGGUGGAAGCCCUUUUAAUGUGUCUGUUCAAACAGUUGCAAUUGAUUUUAUAUGUGCAAGAACAGAUUAUGGAAAAACCUUAGAACUAAAAUGCCCUGAUGGAAAAACUAUUUCAGAAAUCCAGUUUGCGAGCUAUGGAGAUCCACAAGGAAAUUGUGGAUCAUUUCAAGUAGGUGAAUGGGAAUCACGCCAUAGUGUGGCAGUGGUCGAAAAAGCAUGUGGUGGAAAACAAUUAUGUUCAAUUAACGUGACAAGUUCCAUAUUUGGAAUAACUAAAGGUGGCAUAAAUGGCCAGCUAGCUGUGCAACUCCUAUGUGAUGGCUCUAAUCCUGAAGAUAAUCGUGUACAAAUGGUGCACGUGUAGUU